AGAAAUGACUACUGAAGAACCUUCACCUCAUUCCCACGAUCAUAUCGAACAUAAUCAUUCCAAGGAAAAUCCAAAUAAAAUAACUAGUAUGCUUCAUUCUAUGGCCAUGCAUUUUCAUUUUGGUUCAAAGGAAUCUAUCCUUUUUAGUUUUUGGAAUACUGAUUCUGCCUUAGGUAUUUUUGGCUCUUGUCUAAUUAUUUUUAUUUUUUGUCUCUGUUUGGAAUUUACUCGUUUAUUUCGCAUUUAUCGAAAAAAGAAAUUAUUUAAUAGACAAGAUGGAAAUUUAUCUACAACUGAUUCAACUAUUGGCCAAAUUUGGGCAAUUUAAU